CGGUAAGAAUUUUCCAAACGUCGAGAUGAUAUCAUGUCUUUUUAAGUAAAGAUAGGGAUAGUUAAUGUCUGCAGGAAUUUCCGUAAUGUCUGGACCUUAAUAUCUAUUAUUAUAUACAAUACAAGAUGUUACCUGCUACAGUGCAGUCAAAAAUGAACGAUGUCGAAAAGAAAAUAAUUCGUAACUUUCAUCACAGAUUAACCACAACAAUAAGGGUGGAGGAAAUUGUGCUAUUGUUAUACUCUAAAGGAAUAAUAGACUGCGAAUUUCAAAAAGAAAUUUUGGAGAAAAAUGGUGUAAAGGUCGCUGAAACAUCACGCCUUUUGACGUUCAUUCCUGAAAACUGUUCUAUGGAGGAUUUUUUGGAAUGUCUGGACUUAGCAGGGUAUGAUUUUUUGUGUAAGGAAAUGAGAGAAAAAUUAGCAGAGAAUCGUCAACUAAAUACGCGCAAUUGGGUACAACCAUGUACAUCUACAUAUAAUACGACUUUUGUAGAUAAUUUCGCGGAGAAACUGAAGAUUAAAAUUCAUAAUUCGGAAGCACGAAAGUUCAAGUCUCAUUUAAGGCUUUGGAUAAAACGGCUGGUGUGCUUAGACUGUCGCUUGUCUCUAUCCGAGUCACGCCAGCGAGCUGACUGCUGUUUCAUUCUGCUGGACUCUGUAGCCGUUAUAGAGAGAACACACUCCUCCCAUAAAGAUCUCUGGAAAUCGCCCGUGUAUUCUCAGAUGGAAAGUCUGAUAGCUAAAACGUCCAAUCCUGUUUUAAGCAGAGUACGACACCACGCUCGCUACGGAGUCGCACUUUUUCUUGGUGGAAAAGACCAAGAAGGAUUGGAAUAUAUAGAAGCAGCCCUAAACGAUGCCAAAGGGUUCCUACUCCCGGGUCGUGAUAUUGGAAAUUGCAUGUUUGCACUGGUCAAUUAUAAACUUAAACGAUUCGGUGACUCAAAGUCCUCAAAUGAGAAAAGGGAAAUACUAAAUCUUAUUGAGGAAGGACUUCGAUAUUUUGAUAAUGAAGGUGAAAACACUCGAAAAAUUUGGCGUAGAGUAUACCUUGACAAAAAGAUAUCGUGUCAUCUUGCUCUCGAACCUUCAGGUCGAGUCAAUACAAAUGUUGAAAUUUCAAAUGAAGACCUAAAAACAGCAAGAGAAUGUCUUUGUGAAAUGGAUAAAAACGUUGAUGGAAUGGACAAACGAAGAAAAAUCCACUUUUUUCGAGCACAAGCGCGUUUGAACAAGCAGGAAUCAAAUUUUCUAAUUGCCAAAGGUUAUUUGGAGGAGGCCCGGGGAUUAUGCAUAGAUGGAGGAUUUGAUUCCGAAUUACAAGUGUUAAAAGAAGAAUUGGGGGAACACUCUCUCGAUGUGUCAGAGAAGGAGAGUGUUAUGGAUUUAGGUUUGAGUGUAGACGAUGGAUUUGAUAUCCAUAAAGAGGAGUGUUCGUGCAAAACAGUCUGUUUACCUUCCUACAGUCUAGUGAAUACGUGCAUCUCAGAAAUAUCUCAGAAACUCAACAUCUAGAAAACAACCCCUUCAUCUCUAAAGAGAAAACUGUUGGACAAUAGUGAAUCGGAAGUUCAUGGAGAUUCGGUGAAACGUAACAUAAAAUGUUAGUUAGCCCCAGGUUAGUGUUUUCAAAAAAGUCAUCGGGUAGCUAUAGCCAGGGGCGGAUCCAAGAAUUGUGGUUACGGGGGGCGCCAAUUUAUGAGGCAGUGGGUGCAAGGCGAAGCCCUGGUGGGGGUCCAGGGGGCAAGCCCCCGGGAGCUCCUGGAUUUUACAGAUUUUAUUGGACUUGAAAUAUUUCUCCUAUAAAGUAAUUUGUACUAUUUUCUAUCAAUUUAAUAAAGUGAAAUUAAUAAAAUGACCCAAAUUUUAAGGGGUUUUGGAAAAAAUUAAGUUCUCCCGAUAAAGUAAUUCAAGAAAUCAAAGGAUUUUGUCAUUUAUUUCUCCGGGAGUGGAAGAAAUUAUUGCUUCUUUUAUCGUUUAGUACAUUUUCCAAAACAAGGUACCGCGAUUUAUCUUAAAUUUGAAAAUUUUAGUGGGGGGGGGGUGGGGGUGGGCGCCGGUUGCGCCCCCCCCCCUCUAAAUCCGCCACUGAUAGCAAACCAAUAGAAAAAUAUUACGGUAACUUGCUUGUACCAUACUUGUCUAUCAAUUCUAUAUGGCGCAAAUAAUCCACAUGCACCGCGCUCUAGCAAUGGAGGAAGGCGGAUGGAAUACAAAGUCAAAGUGCUAGAAAUAUCGGAAAUCGAAUAGUCAUCUAAUAUUGUGACAUUAGGUCAGACACUGAACAUGAAUUUUAGUGAUGUUGUUGACUUUUCAUUUGUAAGAAGAAUUCAUGGUUGUUGGAGAAUGUAUUGUUCCAUUGGAAUUCCUUGUGAUCGUGUAAAAAUUGAGAGCAUUGUUGGAAGUUGUAAAAUACUUGAAUUAUAGGAUGGUGUUAAGUUUCAUUUUGUUGCAAAGUUUAGAAUGUACCUUAAUGUUAAUAUUUAUUGUUAAGCGUCGGAAAUGGGUGUGUUAAAUGGUGUUUCUAUUCCAUUAAAAUGAUGAAUUUAUA